AUGAAAGAACCUACAUCUAAAUUGAUAUCACCAUUUUACAAGAAACAAAAGAAGGAUGUACGUACCAAUAACGCCUCCAUCAGGACCUUCAUCCAGACUGUAAAGGCAGACACAGAACAGAUGGUGAAAAAUCCCCCUACAUACCAGUCAAAUCUAACUCCGGGUGAGAUUAAAGCCUUACAUGACCUCAGUCACGACAUCAACAUCGUCAUACACUCUGCCGAUAAGGGCGGUACCACUAUGAUUCAAUCCUAUCAAGACUAUCGGAAUGAAAUACUACGACAACUUAAUGACCAUACUACAUAUAUGAGACUCACGUUUGACCCCGUGAAAAAAUUCCAAACCAGAAUCAAGAACCAGAUUGACUUGGGCAUUCUUAGUGGUUUCUUGGAUGAGAAAACAGCUCAAUUUCUAAUACCCGAGACACCCG